GUUAGACAAGUUUGUUAACUGACAGAGGGGGGUAAAAGUAGGGCAGAGGAAAGGUAGCAUAUGAAUACCAGAACCAAACAGGGCAGUGGUCUACUCCAAUUCUGGUCAUAAUUUAGCGGAACAGGGAGCGGGAACAUGGAGGCAAUGAUUCGGGCGAUAGUGAAGGCCUUCGUAAAGGCAUCCAGGGGAAGUGAGGACAUGCCGGAAAAGAACUACCAGAAGCUGGUGACAGAUCAGCUGAAAAACCUGAUGGCGGAAACAGACAGCGCCGAUGCGGUGAAGGAGGUCCGCGAAGAUAUGGGAGAAACGCAGGAAGGCAAAGUCAGCUUCACGGAGUUCAUGAACCUGCUGGGAUACCUGGCCACAAAGCUGAGCGACAAGCAUCAGGCCGGCAAAGCAACUGCACCGGAGCCAGUGGCAGAUCCAGUGGCAGUGGCAGAUCCAGUGGCCGUGGCAGAUCCAGUGCCAGUGGUAGAUCCAGUGGCAGUGGCAGAUCCAGUGCCAGUGGUAGAGCCAGUGGCAGUGGCAGAUCCGAAGCCGGACGCAAAACCGAAGGCAGAGGAAAAACCAGAGCCAGUAGCGGAGCCGAAGGCGGAGGGAGAGGGGAAGCCGGACGCAGAACCAGAGCCGGAUGCAGAACCAGAGCCGGAAACCGGGCCAGAGGCCGAAGCAGAACCAGAGGCGGCAGAACCAGAGGCAGAGGCAGAGGCAGAGCCAGAGGCAGAGGCAGAGGAUGCAGCAGCAGGGGAGGCAUAAUUGGAAGCCCCGUAGAGUCUCUGUCCAGCACAUACUCACACACUACACACAAACAUUACUCCUGCACAGAAAUAUCCAUAGGACUACUGACUAUCCUGUAUUAUCCUACCGUAAACAAAUCUAAUCCUGCUGUAAGAUUGAGCUUACAGCGGGGGAAGUUUUUCAAGGCCUCACUGCUAUACUGCUCUUGCAUUGCACACUACCGUAGAUGCUGUACUCCUUACACACAACUGGAACACGAACACACCGAUACAUUGACAGUGUACAUUUUCAAUAGAAUGUAGUGCUAUAAGCUGUACAUACAACGUGCAGUCAAACGUUCAACAUCAUUUUCACCCUAUUAUACUAACAUAGCGUGCUAGGCUAAAGCAUAUUUCUCUAUUUACUGCCCAACGGCAAUGUGCCACUGCACAGAAAAUAGUAACAUUAGUGUGCUUGAGGGAGGGGUUUUUUUUGUGGGAGUGGGGAGGAGGGGAGGGGGCCAGGUUUAUGGAGACCUUUCAAUUAGCAAAGGAUUAAGAUUGACUGAGAAUAUCAGGUGUGUGACAUCCCAGCCACACAAUGGCCCAAAGUCAAUAAUUAAGACCCUUGAGGGAACCCACACCAUCAGGCCCUGCAGCUAUGGGGCAACCCUGAUGUAAUGUCCAUCUCAAACAUACCUCUUUGAUCUUUUUACUGUUGCCAGAAAGAUUACAGGGCACUCUCUCACUGUAACAUUGAUGGGCUCGAUUACGGACACACUCCGCAAUAUCGUGUCCUCUUCAUCCAGUGCCACGAUUUAACAUUAGUACGAUGUAUGUCAUCAUUGUUCCCAGACAUCGUUGCCUAUGCCCCAUUGCCCCCAUUACCAUAAACCUGUUUGUAUUUUCAACUGGACAACUGUGACAAACGCUGUCUUGUUUGGCCCCACUAUGAUUGGGUAGAUUGUAUGUGUGAUCUACUGUACCCAAUUGUGGUUUGGUUGUGUAUAUGUGUGAUCUACUGUACCCAAUUGUGGUUUAGUUGUUUAUAUGUGUGGCCUGAUGUGCCCCACUGUGUUCACUAUUGAUUUUUGAUCCUCCUCUAUGCCUGUAUGGUUAGACCACUGACUGUCUGCUAUACAAUACAGACCAACACACUAGCCCUCACCCACUGACUGCCUGUUAUACAGCACGGAACAAUACACUAACCCUUACCCACUGACUGCUUGUUAUACAUUACAGACCAAUACACUAACCCUCACCCACUGACUGCUUGUUAUACAUUACAGACCAAUACACUAACCCUCACCCACUGACUGCUUUUUAUACAUUACAGACCAAUACACUAACCCUCACCCACUGACUGCUUGUUAUACAUUACAGACCAAUACACUAACCCUCACCCACUGACUGCUUGUUAUACAUUACAGACCAAUACACUAAUCCUCACCCACUGACUGCUUGUUAUACAUUACAGACCAAUACACUAAUCCUUGCCCACUUGCUUCUGCCACGGUGACUUAGCCACGCCAGCACAGCUACUCUGUCCAUGUUAUGCUUUAGGUCCAUGAGCUCUUUCGAUGAUAAUACCACACUGUGUAUUCCUGCCUGCAUGUAUUACGCCAAGUAAUAAAAGACACUAAAGACA